UGUUAUGGUGACAACACGCAUGUUUCCAAGGAAAGAAUAUUAUCUUUCAAUAAUGUUAGAGCGUACUUUCAAUGUAAGUCUAAGAGAGAAUAAGUUAAAUUUAAAUAUAAACGAUCGAAAGUAACAAUACUAUUUAAAUAAAUUAAAUUUUCUAUUUUAAUUUAUUAUUAAUUCAUACAAAAGUUAUUCUUAGGGAGCUGUUAUGAUAGCAUCUAGUCGAGGAGGAGUAAAUAUUGAAGAAAUUGUUGUCGUUGAUCCAGAAGCUGUUCUUUAUAUACCAAUUAAUAUGAAUAAAGGCAUAACAAAUGAUCUGAUAGAAUGUAUUAUUCAGAAAUUAGGUCUUAAAGGACAAGGCAAAGAUGUGGUGACGAAUAUUAUUUGUAAUCUUUAUGAAUUAUUUGUAGAGACAGAUGCUUUGUUAAUCGAAAUUAAUCCGCUUGCGGAAGAUAUUUGUGGUCAAUAUUAUGCUUUAGAUUGCAAAUGUAAUUUUGAUGAUAGUUCGUAUUUUAGACAAAAAAAAUUAUUUGAUUUGGAAGAUCAAUCUCAAAAAAAUCCUAAUGAAAUACGUGCACAAAAAUUUAUGUUAAAUUAUAUCCAAUUAGAUGGGACUAUCGGUUGCAUGGUAAACGGUGCAGGUUUAGCAAUGGCAACAAUGGAUCUUAUAUCUUAUCAUGGUGGUAGUCCAGCUAAUUUUCUAGAUGUUGGUGGUUCCGCUUCAAAAGAAGCUAUUACAGAAGCAUUCAGAAUAAUAACUUCGGAUCCAAAAGUUUUAGCCAUUUUUGUUAAUAUAUUUGGUGGCAUUGUUAAAUGUGAUCUUAUCGCGGAAGGAAUCAUUGCAGCCAUUAAAGAAUUGCAAACAAAAAUUCCAAUAAUUGUCAGGUUGGAGGUUUACGUCAUGGUCGAGAAGGAAACGUCAAGAAAGGCGGGGACACGAUGGCGAAGCCAGCAUUUGGUGGCAGUCUAUUGCCAACACUUAACCAAGAUGGCUACAAUGUUGUCUCGGACGAUCUCACUCGCGGAGUGUCUUACCCGAUUAAAUGGUUCCAAGAUCUUAGCCUGCAAAAGUAACUUAAAGCAAACAGUAAGGAAUCUAAAUGUACAUGAACAUAUUAGUUAUAGUUUACUUAAUGAAGCUGGUGUACCCACUCCAAAAUUUGGCGUUGCAAAAACGCCAGAUGAAGCAGCAAAGCUUGCUGCCGACUUGAAAACGAAGGAUAUUGUAUUAAAAGCUCAAGUACUUGCAGGAGGUAGAGGAAAAGGUCAUUUUAAAGAUUCCAGUAUUAGUGGUGUAAAGAUGUGCGAAACACCAGAAGAAGCAAAAGCAUUGGCGAGUCAAAUGUUAGGUAAAUUACUAAUUACAAAACAAACUGGUGAAGCAGGUAGAAUAUGUAAUGCAGUGAUGGUAACACAACGCAUGUUUCCACGUAAAGAAUAUUACUUAGCAGUAAUGAUGGAACGUGCUUUUGGUGGUCCAGUAAUAAUUGCAUCAAGCCAAGGUGGAGUAAAUAUUGAGGAAGUAGCUGCAACAAAUCCUGGUGCUAUAAUGUAUGAACCUGUCGAUGUCAACAAGGGUAUAACUAAGGAACAGGCAGAACGUAUUGUCAAAAAACUUGGUCUUGAUAAUGUAAAAGAUUAUAUUUCCAAAAUAAUCAUGAAUCUUUAUGAUAUGUUUCUUAAGAAGGAUGCUCUUCUUUUAGAAGUAAAUCCUCUAGCUGAAGAUAUUAAUGGAAAUUAUUUUGCGUUAGAUUGCAAAUGCAGAUUCGAUGAUAAUGCUGAGUUCAGACAAAAACCAUUGUUCGGAUUGAGAGAUUGGACUCAGGAAGAUACUAAAGAAGUAGAAGCGGCCAAAUAUGACCUGAAUUAUAUUGCGCUUGAUGGAAAUAUUGGUUGUAUGGUUAAUGGAGCUGGUUUAGCUAUGGCUACUAUGGAUAUUAUUAAAUUACAUGGAGGUGAACCGGCCAAUUUUCUUGAUGUUGGUGGUGGCGCAACUACCAGUGCUGUAAAAGAGGCAUUUAAAAUCAUCACUUCUGAUCCUAAAGUACAUGCUCUUUUAGUUAAUAUCUUUGGUGGUAUUAUGAGAUGCGAUGUUAUCGCAGAGGGUAUCAUAGCAGCAACUAAAGAACUUAGUCUUAAAAUUCCUGUAGUUGUACGAUUACAGGGAACUAACGUUGAUGAGGCUAAAGCUUUGAUUGCAAAUGCUGGAUUAAAAAUCGUUCCAAUCGAUGACCUCGAUGAAGCUGCUCGUGUCGCAGUUAAAUUAUCAACUAUUGUUAAACUAGCACAGUCCGAAAAUCUUAGUGUCAAUUUUGAGAUACCUGCUAUUUCAUAAUUCUAGCAAUGAAUAUAAAAUUUAUAUAUCAGCUAAAUUAAUACCGAUAUUUGUUUAAAUAUUGUCAAAUGAUUGCAAAAAACGUUUGAAAGUAAUAUCUGUAGUAAUAACUUCUCUUAUAACUUUAAUUAUAUUAUUAUUAUUAUUA